CUAAAUUGUGGGACUAAAGCAGGGUCUGCCGGGUUCAUUUCGCUGCUUCUCCACCCGGCUGGUCUUUUUUUGGGGGGGAUACCACCGCAAUGGCGGAGCAGCAGCAGUUCUACCUCCUCCUGGGGAACCUUAUGAACCCUGACAACAAUGUCAGGAAACAGGCAGAGGAAACCUAUGACACAAUCCCAGGCCAGAACAAAAUAACAUUCCUGCUGCAGGCUGUCAGAGAUCCAUCGGCUACCGAUGAGGUCAGACAGAUGGCAGCAGUGUUGCUGCGGCGACUGCUGUCAUCCUCCUUUGAGGAAAUCUACCCAGGUUUGACGGUGGAAAUGCAGACGGCCAUCAAGACAGAGCUGCUGACCAGCAUCCAGCACGAGACGUCGCAAAACAUUCGCAAGAAGGUCUGCGACAUCGCAGCCGAGCUCUGCCGCAACCUCAUCGAUGAUGACGGGAAUAACCAGUGGCCCGAAGUGCUCAAGUUCCUGUUCGACUCUGUGAACUCCGACAAUGUCGGUCUGCGGGAAGCUGCCCUUCACAUAUUCUGGAACUUUCCGGGAAUCUUUGGAAACCAGCAGCAGCACUAUCUAGAUGUCAUCAAGCGCAUGCUUGUCCAGUGCAUGCAGGACCAAGCAAACCCACAUAUUCGAACCCUUGCAGCUCGAGCUGCAGCAUCAUUUGUUCUAUCCAACGAAGGCAACACUGCUCUGCUGAAGCAUUUCGCCGACUUGCUGCCUGGAAUCCUGCAGGCGGUGAAUGAGUCGUGCUAUCAGGGAGACGACUCUGUCCUGAAGUCUUUGGUGGAGAUUGCAGACACGGCACCGAAGUACCUUCGACCCAACCUGGAAACAACCCUGCAGCUCUGCUUGAAGAUCUGCGCCGACACAAAUUUGACUAACAUGCAGAGGCAGCUGGCAUUGGAAGUCAUCGUCACGUUGUCGGAAACGGCGGCGGCUAUGCUGAGGAAGCACACUGCUAUCGUAGCUGAGAGCGUUCCCCAGAUGCUGGCAAUGAUGGUAGAUCUAGAAGAUGAUGAUGAAUGGGCCAUGGCUGAUGAGCUGGAGGAUGAUGACUUUGAUAGUAAUGCUGUAGCUGGGGAAAGUGCUCUGGACAGAAUUGCCUGCGGUUUGGGAGGGAAGAUCAUUUUGCCAAUGAUCAAACAGCACAUAAUGCAGAUGCUGCAGAAUCCUGACUGGAAAUACCGUCACGCUGGUCUGAUGGCGCUGUCUGCCAUCGGUGAAGGAUGCCAUCAGCAGAUGGAGGCCAUUCUCCAAGAGAUUGUCAGCUUUGUUCUCCUGUUCUGCUCUGAUCCUCAUCCGAGGGUCCGUUAUGCUGCCUGUAACGCUAUUGGACAGAUGGCCACAGACUUCGCUCCAACCUUCCAGAAGAAGUUUCAUGAUAAGGUGAUCUCAGCCCUGCUCCAGACAAUGGAGGAUCAGACUAACCCUAGAGUGCAGGCCCACGCUGCUGCUGCUCUCAUCAAUUUCACAGAAGACUGCCCCAAAUCACUGCUCAUUCCUUACCUGGACAGCCUGGUGCAGCACCUUCAUGUCAUCAUGGUGGCCAAGCUGCAGGAGCUGAUCCAGAAGGGUACCAAACUAGUCCUGGAACAGGUGGUGACGUCCAUCGCCUCUGUGGCCGACACGGCUGAGGAGAAGUUUGUGCCGUACUACGACCUGUUCAUGCCCUCACUGAAGCACAUUGUGGAGAACGCCGUGCAGAAAGAGCUCCGUCUGCUGCGAGGGAAAACCAUCGAGUGCAUCAGUCUGAUUGGUCUGGCUGUGGGCAAGGAGAAGUUCAUGCCAGAUGCCUCCGCGGUGAUGCAGCUGCUCCUUAAAACCCAGACGGACUUCAAUGACCUGGAGGAUGACGAUCCUCAGAUCUCCUACAUGAUAUCCGCCUGGGCCCGGAUGUGCAAGAUCCUUGGGAAGGAGUUUCAGCAGUACCUUCCUGUGGUGAUGGGCCCCUUAAUGAAAACAGCCUCCAUCAAGCCUGAGGUGGCUCUCCUCGACACCCAGGACAUGGAGAACAUAUCCGAGGAUGAAGGAUGGGAGUUUGUGAACCUGGGAGAUCAACAAAGCUUUGGAAUAAAGACGGCCGGCCUGGAGGAGAAGGCCACUGCCUGCCAGAUGUUGGUGUGCUACGCCAAAGAGCUGAAAGAGGGAUUUGUGGAAUAUACAGAGCAGGUGGUGAAGCUGAUGGUUCCUCUGCUCAAGUUCUACUUUCAUGAUGGUGUGCGAGUGGCUGCGGCUGAAUCCAUGCCUCUGCUCCUGGAGUGCGCACGGGUGCGAGGGCCUGAGUACCUCACCCAGAUGUGGCACUUCAUGUGCGACGCUCUGAUCAAGGCCAUCGGUACGGAGCCCGACUCGGACGUCCUUUCAGAAAUCAUGCAUUCUUUCGCCAAGUGCGUGGAGCUGAUGGGAGACGACUGUUUGAAUAACGAGCAUUUCGAGGAACUGGGUGGCAUCCUAAAAGCCAAACUGGAAGAGCACUUUAAAAACCAGGAGCUCAGACAAGCCAAAAGACAAGAUGAAGAUUAUGAUGAGCAGGUGGAGGAAACUCUACAGGAUGAGGAUGAGAAUGACGUCUACAUCCUGACCAAAGUGUCGGACAUCCUGCACUCCGUGUUCAGUAGUUAUAAAGAAAAGGUUCUGCCUUGGUUUGAGCAGCUGCUGCAGCUCAUCGUCCAGCUAAUUUGUCCCAACAGGCCGUGGGCCGACAGGCAGUGGGGUCUGUGCAUCUUUGACGACGUGAUAGAGCACUGCAGCCCCUCCUCUUUCAAAUAUGCAGAGUACUUCCUGCGGCCGAUGCUUCAGUCGCUUUGCGACACGAGCCCUGAGGUUCGGCAGGCGGCUGCUUAUGGCGUCGGCGUCAUGGCUCAGUAUGGUGGAGACAAUUAUCGCCCUUUCUGCACAGAGGCACUCCCCCUGCUGGUCGGCGUCAUCCAAGCAGCCGACUCUCGGUCUAAGGAGAACGUCAACGCCACAGAGAACUGCAUCUCUGCUGUAGGAAAGCUGAUGAGGUUCCGGCCAGAGUGCGUGAACGGCAGCGAGGUCCUUCCUCACUGGCUCAGCUGGCUGCCGCUCAAAGAGGACAAGGAAGAGGCCGUCCACACGUUUGACUUCCUGUGCGACCUCAUAGAGAGCAACAACCCGAUUGUCUUGGGGCCAGAAAACUCCAACCUUCCUAAAAUCUUCCUUAUCAUAGCCGACGGCGUUGCAAACGAGUCGGUUAAAACCGAAGACGCCUGCAGCAAACGCCUCGCAAACGUCAUCCGUCAAGUACAGGUGUCGGCAGGAUUAUGGACGCAGUGUGUUUCCGCCCUAAAUGAGACGCAGCAGAAAGCCAUCCAGGACCUACUAAACGCUGCCUGAACUUUUGGACCCUCAUCCAGUUUUUCUUUUUCGUUUUUUUUCCCCCUUAUCUCCAAAUCCUCAUGAAGAAACGUAGAUCUCCAGGAUCUCUUCCAUACACUCCCUGUCCUCCUUCCUGCUCUGUAGUGUGUAUGGAUUCCAGACCCGCCUUCAUCGUCGCCUGACUAACAUAGAAAACGGAAGCUCAGCUAACUUGAGGGGAGCAGGUUAGAUCUCGUCAAUGGAGGACAUUGGCCACAAAUAAAGACUUUCAUCCUGCACUCAAGGACAAGUCGCCCUCGUCUUUAUCUGGAUGUUUUCUUCCGAGUCGUUCCCCGACCUGUCAAUCUACUCAAAGUUACGCAAUUAAUUGGACUCUAGAAGUGUGGGGGGGUGGCAGGACAUUAUUUUGAACUGAGCUGCUGAACGAGAUGGAAAUGCACACAGGGCAACCACUGCCUAACUCCUGUGAAUUUUCUCUUUUUUUUUUUUUCUUUUGUUCCCACCCGCAGUUGACAGGAUAUAUUUGAAAACGUACAAAUGGUUAUUUACAUCCUCAUUGUCAGGGAGAAGCUCUCUAUCAAUUCACUUUCCUUUAAUUGCCUUCCCAGGAAGCUGGAACGGUUCUGAGACCCUUCAGGUAGCAGUGGAGAGAUGGGUUGGUUCAUUAGAGACUCGUUCUGUAGCUGGUUAACACGUUGAAACAUGUUGAAUGUUUAUUCCAAAAAAAAGAGCGUGACCUUAACUCCCGAUUCUUCUGGUUCUUACCCUUUGCAGUCCUGCAGAUGUGAAAUGAAAUACUACAAAUAAAAUUACAUUGAGGACUUCUGAGAUUGAGUUUUAUUUAAAAUCCUGCAAAAUGCUGUACAGUCUGGAUGGAGAUUUAAAAUGUU